UUCUUCCCUCGACCACCGAUCAGGGUUUCGGCACGUCGCCUGUCGAUUUAUCUCCUCGUCUCUCUGCCUCCUGCCCCUGACGAGUGACGGCACUCUGCUUCAAUUCAUUCCUUGCCGGGACAGCAAUCUGCGAUCCAGACCGCUUCCAAAGAGAUCCGCCUUAAGCGUGUUUUAGCUUAUCCACAAGGUGCCAAUGUCUACGAAAGUUGACUCGCCAUCUUCUGUCGAAGCUCGUCAAGCUCCAAUUUCUGCUUCAACUACAGUUUCAUCCAGUAGCCCCAAGGUUUCCAUGUUUGGGACAAAAGCCGGAUUUGUCAUACCAAAGAAUAAAUUGUCAGGUUCCUUGGUUCCCAUUUUCCGUGGUGGGAGCAAAAUAGAUACUGCAAGUGUUGUCAAGGAAGAGAGCACAAAACAAGUCCAACGAAAAACAAAAUGGGGUACGGAUCUUACACAAGAUGCUAAUGUUCGAAAGGGAAAAGCUUUAGCUUAUCAGACUAGAGUGGAGCAGAUCACUCAGCAGCUGAAGUCUGGAUCUCUGGAAUUUGAAGAAGAUCAAGGUUCUGAGUCACCAAAGCUGGUUUCCAAUGCUAAUUCAGAUAGCAAGGCUCGCAAGGUUCAGCCUCUGGAAUUGGAACGAAGGGAACUUAUUGGCGAAAUAUUACGGUUAAAUCCCAGUUACAAGGCUCCACCAGAUUACAAGCCACUAAUGAAGGAGUCUAAAGUUCUAAUUCCAAUUAGAACAUAUCCAGGCUACAACUUUGUUGGCUUGUUAUUGGGGCCUGAAAGCAACACACAAAAAAGACUUGAAGAAGAAACUGGAGCUAAAGUACGAGUUUAUGGAACUAAAUCUGGCUUCGGGGAGAAGAGUGAAAUAACCAAGUCAGACAUUAGUAAUUCUCAGGAGACGUACGAUGACCUUCAUGUCCAUGUUUCAGCAGAUACAUAUGAGAAGGUUGAUGCAGCAGUAGCGCUGAUUGAGCUUCUACUCACUCCAGUAUCUGGAAAUGCUGGAGUCACUCCAAAAGUUGCGAGUGAGGAUGUUCAAACCAAAAAUCUGGACUCAUCUGGUAUUUUUAUGACGCCUGUGAACAAUGUUAUUCAAGCUGUACCUCAAUCUCCGUCUCUGCCUGUUCAGCCUGGCCAAUCACCAUUUCAACCAUACCCUGCUCCCUGGUUCCCAACAACCACACCAAAUGUUCCUUCUAAUCCAUCUUCUGCUUUCAUGCCUCCACUUUUUCCCAACAAUCCUACCCAGUUUCCACUUUUAAGGCCUCCUCCUGGCAUCCCUCAGUAUUUCACUCAAGCUCCUAAUAUCCUCUCAGUUCCAAGAACAUCAACGCCGACUGUCUUAAGGCCCCCAUUACCUAUUCAAUUGCCUCCAAACCAACCCCCUUCAGGCCCCAUCUCACAGUCAUUGACCUCUCGCCCAGUGCCAACUUUAAAGCCACCUGGACAAGUAAACCCGCUGAUUGGACCCCCAAUUAGACCACCAGUAACUUCUUCUGCCUGGCCCCUUGCUCCAAAUCCUUCAGGGCCAAGCAUUAAUCAGGUGGCUCCUUCAAAUGCAACAAUGAGGGCUUUGGGUGUUCCUUCAGCUUCCAUGAGCUCUGGGCCUUCUCAAUUUAACGUUUCUGAUAUUGCAAGGCCUCCCGCUGCAAAUUUUACCCCUCACUCAUCUUCUCUCAUUUCCGCCCGACUUUCCACAAAUCCACCUAUUUUUUCGCCGGUGCCUUCGCAGACCGGACUUGUUCCAACUCCAGGAAUGGCUUCAUCAUUCUCAGGAUCAUUGGCUUCACCACCACCAGCUCAACGUCCAACUUCUUUCCUGCAGAGAGCUCCUUCUGCCCCGGUAAUGACUUCACCUUCCCCUUUAAUAGUCCGGGCUCCUAUCCCAAUGCCAGCACCGCCUCAUGCACAAGCUCCUAUACCCGUGCAACCACGGUUGCAGCCACCUCAGCCACUGCCACCUCUAUCCACUUCCAAUGCAACCAUCAUUCCUACUUUCCCUCCUUCAGCAAACAGUCCUAUUGGUGCUUCCCCUGUUACAACUCUCAAACCACCGCGCCCCAUUUCCGGCGAUUUUACUUUUCAGCCUCUCCGAACUCAACCACCACCAUCUUCCCCAAACACUCCGGCAGCUCACAAUUCUGCACUACAGAACUCACCACAGGCUCCAUUUGCAGCGCCAAAAGCACCAUCCUUUCGACCAGCUUUACAAAGUCCCAUUCCUGCAGCCCUUCCUCAAAGUUCUCCUAGGCUUCCAGCUGCUCCUACUGCUUUUCCAGCCAAUGCAAGCAACAUUAGACCACCAUCUCACAUGCUUCAAGGAUACCCAAGCCCAGCUCCUGUACAGCCAGUGGCCCAAGCUGUUCCAGUUGGCUCACCACGCUUUCCUAGUGCUGCCCAAGCUCCAAAUCCUUCAGGAGGCUCCAUGCCUGCUUAUCCUGAAAAUUUUCAUCGAUUGCCUCUUGUUAGUAGACCUGCAGGAAGUUUUACUGUACCAAACCAACCGCUAGCGGAUAAACCAAUCGGCUUUACGCCCGGAAAUGUACACACAAGUCCUGGAGGCAAUCAGAUUUAUGAUCCAUUUUCACCAACAGCUUCAGCAGCACCUCCACAACAGGGAGCCAGUAAAAAACCAGAGACAGAUGCUGAAUAUGAAGAUCUAAUGGCCUCUGUGGGAGUAAAGUGAUUCUGUUAGAAACACAAACUCAAACAGAGCAUUUUUAAAAAGGAAUCGUCUAUAGAAGAAGAAUUUAAUGCUUGCAAGUUGAGAGGGUGUCUAGCCUUAUAAACUGACUGGUUUGAGCACACUUUACAUGUAUUAAUGUAGGAAAUUAGUGUAGACAAAGUUGAAAUUGCAGUGUUGCCAUUUUGAACCAUCAAUUUUCAUGUACUAAUCUUCAUUUGCCUAAGCAUUAUUAACCUUUUUAUAAAGUAAA